CGGUUCCAAACAACCAUAGCCCGCCGGUGGUCCCCGGGCUUGGCAGGUGCCGCUUCCCCUACGUUGACGCCUCCCCAGUUCUAGGCGGGGUUCUGGGCAUGCCCCGGCGUCGCCCCUUCUCCGCCCAGGACCGGGAAAGGCAUUGACCUCAGAACACUACUUGGAUGAAUUUGACCAUCUCUUAGGAAAUGUGAAUGUUAAGUUUCCUUAAAGGAAUAAACUAGUUCUCUGUUGUUUGGAGCAAUGUUGAAAUUCCAAGAGGCUGCUAAGUGUGUGAGUAGAUCGACAGCUGUUUCCAUUUACCCCAAGAGCUUGAUUGCCAGAAGAUAUGAACUCAAGCAGAAACUUGGCAGUGGAAGUUUUGGAACUGUCUAUCUGGUUUCAGACAAGAAAGCCAAACCAGGAGAGGAAUUAAAGGUACUGAAGGAGAUCUCUGUUGGAAAACUAAAUCCAAAUGAGACUGUGCAGGCCAAUUUGGAAGCCCAGCUCCUCUCCAAGCUGGACCACCCAGCCAUUGUCAAGUUCCAUGCAAGCUUUGUGGAGCAAGAUAAUUUCUGCAUAAUCACGGAAUACUGUGAGGGCCAAGAUCUGGACUGCAAAAUUCAAGAAUAUAAAGAAGCUGGAAAAACCUUUCCUGAAAAUCAAAUAAUAGAAUGGUUUAUCCAGCUGUUACUGGGAGUUGACUAUAUGCAUGAGAGGAGAAUACUUCAUCGAGACUUGAAAUCAAAGAAUAUAUUUCUGAAAAACAACCAACUUAAAAUUGGGGAUUUCGGAGUAUCGCGACUCCUAAUGGGAUCCUGUGACCUGGCCACAACUUUAACUGGAACUCCCCACUAUAUGAGUCCAGAGGCUCUGAAACACCAAGGCUAUGACACAAAGUCGGACAUCUGGUCUCUGGCAUGCAUUUUAUAUGAGAUGUGCUGCAUGAAUCAUGCAUUCACUGGUUCCAAUUUCUUAUCCAUUGUUUUAAAAAUUGUUGAAGGCAACACACCCUCUCUCCCUGAGAGAUAUCCAAGAGAACUAAACGCCAUCAUGGAAAGCAUGUUGAACAAGAGUCCUUCAUUGAGACCAUCUGCUAUAGAAAUUUUAAAAAUCCCUUACAUUGAUGAACAACUACAGCACCUGUUAUGUAGAUAUUCAGAAGUGACUGUGGAAGACAAGAAUUUGAAUUGUCAGAAGGAGGCCACACGUAUACUUAAUGCUGUGCAAAAAAAGAUCCACCUCCAGACUCUGCGAGCCCUGUCUGAAGUGCAGAAAAUGACACCGAGAGAAAGGAUGCGGCUGAGGAAGCUCCAGGCAGCUGAUGAGAAAGCAAGGAAGCUGAAAAAGCUUGCAGAAGAAAAAUAUGAAGAGAAUAACAAACGAAUGCAAGAAUUGCGAUCUCGGAACUUUCAGCAGCUAAGUGUUGAUGUCCUCCAUGAAAAAGAACAUUUAAUGGGAACAGAAGAAAAGGAGGAGCGACCUGACGGGAGGCUUUCUUGUGCAUCCCGGGAGAAAGAUGCCCAGAGGAGGCCAGGCAGCGAAGAGGAAUUUGAAGAACCAACUUCAGAGAACCUGCCUGAGUCCCAGCCCAUUCCUUCUCCGGACCUCUGCAAACUUGAGUCGAGUCUAGAGGACACCAUGGUUCACCUUGGAGAUGGCGAGAUCCCAGAAGACCCACUUGUGGCUGAAGAGUAUUAUGCUGAUGUUUUUGAUUCCUGUUCUGAAGAGAGUGAGGAGGAGGAAGAAGAGACAGUGUUCUCGGGGCCAGAGGAAAAGGCCAAGGAUGAGGGGCCCCAGCCUGUGUACAGAACAAACCAACAGGGCAGUGAUAUUGAAGCACUGGUCAGGUGUUUAGAAAAUGUCCUGGGCUGCACCUCUGUAGACACCAGGACCAUCACCAGUGGUGCUCCAGACGCGUUCCAAGGACCAACAAUUUUCAACAGUGCGAUGGCCCGGACCAAGAUAGAAGGCAUGAAGAAAUCAGCCAUACAGAAGCUGGGAGCAGAAGUAUUUGAGGACGUCUACAAUUACCUUAAGAGAGCAAGGCAGCAGAAUGCCAGUGAAGCUGAGAUCCGGGAGUCUCUAGAAAAAUUGGUGCCUCGGGCCAGCGAAUGUUUUGAGGUGGACCAGCUCCUCUACUUUGAGGAACAAUUGCUGAUCUGAAAAGGAGAAGGGUCCACAUGCCAAAACCUUGCUAAGCAACUGUCAAAACCAGCAGAAUUUCAAGUGGACAAAUUGCUGUGAAACUCCACUGAACACACGAGCUGGACUCUACUAUGGGAAAUGGGAACUGGAGCUGCCAUCGUUACUUUCAAUUCGUUGCAGAAGUAAAGACUGCUUUAAAGAGCAGUAAACAUGCCUGCCUGUAUUUGGAGUGUUGGGCCAUUAACUGUUGCUGGGUUUAGAUCACGAUAUAGCCUUAGGGAUGGACUUUGGCUUCCUGUAAAGCAUUUCCCCAUGUGUGCCCUCAGGGCUUCCAGCAGGGUUGGCCCACCCUGAUGAUGACAUGGAAGAAGCUAUGUACUUCUCACCAUUUCCAGUUGGAGGGCAGAGCUCAGUGCUGACCACUUUGGGUCUUGAUGAACUGUGACUAUCCUGCUGAUGAGGGUCUUUGGACACUGGUUUACAACACAAUGAGCUCCUGCCAAGAGUCAGGCAUGCCUGUCCCAGGUAACCUGCUUUGGGUCUGCUUUUGCCCUUCAUGACUAACAAGCAAGUGGUGCGUAUAUACAAGGACCUGGUUUAAAAACUAUUCCUUUGUGUGACUUAUUCCCCUGACUCAUCCAUGUAUCAUUGAAGAGUUUUAUUCAUAAUAAAUAUUUUUCCCCGGUU